AUGUCAGCACCGCGACCGGCAGGCCUGGCAGGCUGGCACUACCUGCCCACUAUGCACUACUCAAUGUCUCGGUUCCGAGAACCUGGAGAACUGGCCCCCGCAGCCUGCAGCCAUCCACAUGGUACACGUGCCUUCCCCCAGCUCGCUGCUCUGAGUGCGGCCAGUGACGCGCUAGUUGAGGACUCCGUCUCGGAGCGUACCAAACAAACAUUUAAGCCUGGCAUUGCUGCUUAUUUAGAGUUCUGCCUGAGUAUCUGGCGCCUUCUAUUCACACGUUUGACAGCCAAAGAGCACUUGUGUGGACGGCCGGCUGUCAGUAUCGCACCCGACUCGGUCACGUUGCGGCUGAAAGUCACUAAGACGCGCCAAUCUGGCGACGGUGGAACUGUUACGGUGUCUUCUACUGGCGACGAAACGUGCCCGGUACUGGCAAUGUCCGAAUUCCGGCGCACGACAGCUCAAGCCUGCAGCUCUCAACCUGUGUUCGCUUUUGCUGAAGGGAAUAACCUUACUCCGCCAUGUUUGAACAAGAUACUUCGUCAGGCUCUCAACUGCAACCAGGUGAGCUCCCACUCCAUGCGGAUUGGUGGGGCGACACUCCUGGCGUCCAGAGGUGCAAGUGAAGCGGUGAUACGACGGGCAGGGCGGUGGCGCAGUACAGCUUCUGAGCGCUAUGUUCGGCAAGUGGCCGGCAUGCCACCCCAAUGGACAAGUAGUGUAGCAUCUCUACGUGACAGGGUGUGA